CGCUCGACGCUGAUAGACGUUUUACACCGGGCCACGCUGCGUCACGUAUCGUAACUGUGUUAACCGUGUUUUGUGCUACCUGUGCUGCUGUGUGUGGAUGCGGUAGUAACAUGGGGGGCGCCCAGGCGGGCUGGCUGCUGCUGCUCGUCAGCGCGGCUCUGGCGCAGGACACGCGCCAUUUAGCAGGACGAAACAGGACGGCCAAGAGCCCCUCGGUCAAGAAUUUUGUAAAAAAGUUGCGGUCCCGAGGCGACACAAUAUGCCCGAGCGGCAUGUUCCGGUGCCCCGAGGGCAAGUGCAUCCCGGCACUGUGGGUGUGCAACUACCAGAGGGACUGCGAGAAGGGUGAAGAUGAGUUCCAGUCGUGCCCGGCGCCGGAGUGCGAGCCGGGCGAGCUGACGUGCGGGCAGUACGUGUGGAACCGUACAUAUUGCAUCCCGCCGCACCACCGCUGCGACAUGCACGUCGACUGCGUGGACGGCACCGACGAAGCCGACUGCACAUACCGCAAAUGCCAGGCAGACGACUUCCAGUGCGGUAUAGAGGGCGCGUCCGCGGGCAAGGCUGCCUCGCAGGGACCCUGCAUACCGAAGGAAAAGAAAUGUGAUGGCUAUCUAGACUGCCGCACGGGUCGUGACGAGGCGGAUUGCCCGGGCCAGGCGCUGGCCUGCCGCCUCGACCAGUUCCGCUGCGCCGCCGGCGACCGCUGCAUCGACGCCGCGCUCAAGUGCGACCACGCCGACAACUGCGGAGAUAACUCUGAUGAAGCUAACUGCAAUUUCCCCGCUUGCCACAUUGGUCAAUUCCGGUGCAACAACGCGUUAUGCAUCCCCGCGAGCUACCACUGCGACGGCUACCGCGACUGCGCGGACGGCAGCGACGAGGCCAACUGCACCGCCGUCGCCUGCCCCGACAACAAGUACCUGUGCCCGCGCGGCGACGCCGGCGGCAGGAAGUGCAUAGAGAGGACCCUGCUGUGUGAUGGGAAUAGAGACUGUGAUGAUGGAGCUGAUGAGGAGGCGGCUUGCUCAACGGCAUCCUGUCCCGCUCUGGAGUGCGCGGAGAAGUGCGUGGCGUCGCCGACAGGUGGGGCGUGCGCGUGCGGCGCAGGACGCGCGCUGGCCGCGGACGGCAAGACGUGCGGUGACCGCGACGAGUGUAGGGACUGGGGCGUCUGCCACCAGCUGUGUGUUAACACGCCGGGAUCGUACCAAUGCGCGUGCGCACCGGGCUACGUACCCGCUGGUCCAAACGGCGCACGGUGCGAGGCGCGCGGCGCCGGGGCGUGGCUUGCGCUGGCGCACGCACGCGGCGUGCUCAGACUAGACCUGCCCUCCCCAGCCCCAUCCCCACAACUCAACGCUUCUGCCGCUGCUGGACUCGACUACCACUACCGACGCAACCUGCUGUUCUGGUCCGAUCUGAAGACUAGAAAAAUUCACUCUCAGCCGCUAUCAGGGGCUGGUGUGACGGCGGGGGCGGGGGGCGUGGACGUGUCGGGGGGCGGGUCGUGGGCGCCGGUCGCGCUCGCCGUGGACUGGGUCGGAGACAAGCUGUAUGUCGCUGAUGCGCUAGGACAGAAGGUGGACGUGCUUGAGCUGGACGGGCGGUGGCACGCGGUAGUGCUCGGCUCCAACCUCACCGGCCCGGCCGACAUCGCGCUGGACCCCACGCUCGGUCUCAUGUUCGUCGCUGAUGGGAGCCAGAUCGUGCGAGCGAACAUGGACGGCACACACAUGCAGUCGAUAGUGACGGAGGCAACGUACAAGGCGUCGGGCGUGGCGGUGGACACCAUCGCACGCCGCGUGUUCUGGUGCGACGCGCUCCUAGACUACAUCGAGACUGUUGAUUAUGAUGGGGCACAUAGAAGACUGGUGCUGCGUGGACCACAGGUGCCAAGCCCGGCCCGGCUGGCGCUGUUCGAGGACCGCGUGUACUGGUCGGACGGCACCAAGCAAGGCGUCAGCUCCGUUGACAAGUACGAGGGCUCCUCCAGCAUCCAGGCCGUCUACAAGACCAAGGACCUCCGCGACCCCAAGGCCCUCACCGUCGUGCACUCCCUCAAGCAGACCUCCGUCAACAACCCGUGCGGCAACAACAACGGCGGCUGCGCGCAGAUGUGCAUCGUCACCGCCCUCCAGAACGGCGGCCUCGGCUACCGCUGCGCCUGCAACAUCGGCCACCGGCUCGAGGCGGACUUCAGGAACUGCGACGUCAUCAAGGAGUUCCUCAUGUACUCCCAGCAGAGGUUCAUCAAGGGCAAAGUACUCAACCCGGUCAUCGAAGGGUUCAGCGAGGCGAUCCUCCCGGUCGUGUCGCGGCGGGCCCGCUUCGUGGGGCUGGACUUCGACGCCCGCGACGAGCACAUCUACUACUCGGACGUGCUGCAGGACGUCAUCUACCGUGUGCACCGAAACGGCACGACCAAGGAGAUCGUCCUGGCCUCGCAGAACGAGGGCGUUGAGGGUCUGGCAGUCGACUGGGCGUCCAAGAACCUGUACUACAUAGACUCCAGAAAGGGUACGCUGAACGUCCUAUCGACGCGAAACGUGACGUACAAGCGGACGCUGCUGAAGGACCUGAAGCGGCCGCGCGCCAUCGUGGUGCAUCCCAACAAGGGCUACAUAUUCUUCUCGGAGUGGGACCGGCCGGCCAACAUCAGCCGCGCCAACACGGACGGCACGGGGCUGCUGGUGUUCGCCAACGUGACGCUGGGCUGGCCCAACGGCCUGUCCAUCGACUUUGCUGCCGACCGCCUGUACUGGUGCGACGCGCUGCUCGACCACGUGCAGCACGCGCGGCUCGACGGCACCGACGUCCAGACGGUCAACUCGCGCCUCAUCCGGCACCCGUUCUCGAUCGUCAUCCACGGCGACUUCAUGUACAUCACGGACUGGCGACUGGACGCGAUCGUGCGGCUGCACAAGCUGACGGGCGAGCAGGAGGACAUCGUGGUGCGUGAGCCGCAGACGAACCGCCUGUACGGCGUGAAGGUGUACAGCGAGGCGGUGCAGCGCGUGGACCCGAUGCAGCCGUGUGCGCGCGACAACGGCAACUGCCAGAAGUUCUGCUUCGCCGUGCCGCGCAACGCCACGGAGCUGCUGACGGUGCGGUGUGGCUGUCCGUAUGGCGAGAAGCUCGGCCCGGACGGCACUUCCUGUAUCCCGGACCCCGGCGCCGAGCCACCCGUGCAGGCCUGCCCCAACUCCUGGGACUUCACCUGCAACAACCAGCGCUGCAUACCCAAGAGCUGGGUGUGCGACGGCGACGACGACUGCCUCGACAACAGCGACGAGGAACAAAACUGUACUAAGACAACAUGCGGCGCAUCGGAGUUUAUGUGCAAGUCGGGUCGGUGCAUACCGGCGACGUUCAAGUGCGACAGCGAGAACGACUGCGGCGACUUCUCGGACGAGGCGGGCUGCGCGAACGUCACGUGCGGCGCGGCGCAGUUCCGCUGCGACAACGGCCGCUGCGUCCCCGCGUCGUGGCGCUGCGACAGCGAGAACGACUGCGGCGACAACUCCGACGAGGGCUCGCACUGUGCGGAGAAGACUUGCGCUUACUUCCAGUUCACGUGUCCGCGCACGGGUCACUGCAUACCGGCGUCGUGGGUGUGUGACGGCGACGACGACUGCUUCGACAAGCAGGACGAGGCCGACUGCCCGCCUGUCUCCUGCCUCGCCAGCCAGUUCAAGUGCGCUGACCUCAAGCAAUGUGUACAGGAAGCAUACAAGUGCGACGGCAUCCCGGACUGCAACGACGGGUCGGACGAGGCGGGCUGCCCGUCGCUCGCGCCGCAUGCCUGCGCCGCCGACAGACAGUUCCAGUGCGCCGCUUCGGGACUCUGUAUACCACGGACAUGGUACUGCGACGGUACGCCCGACUGCGAGGACCUGUCAGACGAGCCGGCGACGUGCGGGAGCGCAGCGUGCGGCGCGGGCCAGGUGCGGUGCGACAACGGGCGCUGCGUGUACCGCGCCGCCGUGUGCGACGGCCGCGACGACUGCGGUGACGGCUCCGACGAGGGAACGCAGCACGCGUGCACGCCACCGCCGUUCCGGUGCCCAUCAGGCCAGUGGUCGUGUCCAGGUGUGACGGACCGCUGCGUCAACAUGACGCAGGUGUGCGACGGAAAGUUCGAUUGUCCAAAUGGCGCCGAUGAAGGAGCGAGCUGUGACUUCGCGGAGUGCCAACACCGCGCCGGGCUGUGCUCUAACGAGUGCAAGCAGACGCCCUCCGGGCCGCUGUGCCUGUGCCCGAGUGGCGAGGAGCUCGACGCCGAUGGCUUCACCUGCAAGGACAUCGACGAGUGCACCCCUGCCGGCCUGUGCUCGCAGACCUGCACCAACACCAAGCGCUCCUACUUCUGCAGCUGCGUGCCCGGCUACCGGCUCGCGCCCGACAAGCACUCCUGCAAGGCCGACAACCACUCCAGCGCCUUCCUCAUCAUCUCCAACCGCCACUCCAUCCUCGUAGCCGACCUCAACGAGCAGGGGCUCGAGCGCGUGCCCAUUAAUGUCGAGAACGUCGUCGCGACCGCCUCCAACAUGCACACCGGCACCAUCUUCUGGUCCGACAUGAAGCUCAAGCGGAUCUCGCGUCUCGACCGCGGCGGUGAGCCGCAGGCGAUCGUGUCCACGGGACUGGACCUCGUGGAGGGCCUCGCGUACGACUGGGUCGGUGGCAACAUCUACUGGCUCGACAGCAAGCUGAACAGUAUCGAGGUGGCGAAGGAGGACGGCAGCGCGCGCACGGCGCUGCUGAGCGGCAAUAUCACGCAGCCACGGGGCAUGUGCCUGGACCCGGCGGCCGGCGCGCGCUGGCUGUUCUGGACCGACUGGGGUGAGAACCCGCGCGUGGAGCGUGUCGGCAUGGACGGCACGCAGCGGACCGCCAUCAUAACCACCAAGAUCUACUGGCCAAACGGCCUCACGCUCGACACGGCGACCCAGCGCGUCUACUUCGCCGACUCGAAGCUCGACUUCAUCGACUUCUGCUACUACAACGGCAGUGGGCGGCAGCAGGUGCUUGCCGGAAGCCACUACCUGCUGCACCCGCACUCGCUGACGCUGUUCGAGGACACGCUGUACUGGACGGACCGGCAGCUGAACCGCGUGCUAUCGGCGCACAAGUUCCGCGGGACGAACCAGACGGUGGUGUCGCACCUCAUCUCGCAGCCGCUGUCGAUCCACGUGCACCACCCGUCGCUGCAGCCGCCGCAGGAGUCGCCGUGCCGCGCCGCGACCUGCCAGCACCUGUGCCUGCUCAGCCCCAACCCCGACAAGCCCUACACUUGCGUCUGCAAACCCGGAUACAAGCUGCUGCCCGACGGAAAAUGCAUGGAAGAGGAAACGUCAUACCUGAUGGUGCUGAAGGGGUCGCAGAUUGUGGACCUGGCGCUGGACGGCUCCGGAAAAGCCGGCCAGCUGCCGCCUGUUGUUGGGAUUCAAGGCGGUGUCCAACUGGACUACGAUCGUCAAGGCCACACGCUGUACUGGCUGCAGGCGGGCGCCACCGGCUCCGACACGGACGAGGAGAACUGCACCAUAUACACCAUGCCCUACGGCGGCGGCGAGCGAGUGCCCUUACUCGGCAUAGAUCCUGGUGUUGUGGGCUCACCAUCCGCCAUAGCAUUCGACUGGCUCGGCCGUAAUCUCUACAUGGCAAAUCGCGCCGCCGGAAACGUCGAACUCGUGCGAGUUGAUGGCAAGACCAAGUACCGUUCCGUCAUUUUCGCAAACGACGGCACAAGGGAAUCUAUAUCGCGACCGAAGAGCAUCUGCCUGGAUCCCACUGAAGGAAAAAUGUACUGGGCGGACGAGGGUGGUUUCGGCGUGCCGGCUAAGAUCGGCAAGGUCAACAUGGACGGCACAAGCCCGGUCAUCCUGGUCGACGCCAUCGAGCGGCCCGAGGCCGUCGCCAUCGACGUCGACAAGAAGAUCCUGUACUUCAGCACACAGUUCCCGCCCAGCAUCAACAGCGUCAACACCGACGGCAAUGACCGCAAGACCAUCCUCACCGAGGCCGACGCCAUCUCCUACCCCAAGGUGAUCGCGGUCCUCGACUCGCGCCUCUACGUGCUCGACCAGCGCCACGAGAAGAUCUUCAAGGCCGACCUCCCCAACGGCGACAACGUUAAGAUCAUUCUCGACAACGAGAGCGACCUCAAGUCCCUGACGAUAUUCCAGAAGAGGAAGAUGAUCCACCACCCGUGCCAGCAGAGCAACGGGGGCUGCGAGCAGAUCUGCAUCCCGGGCGAGGGCGGGUCGCGCGUGUGCGCCUGCUCCGUCGGCUACAGGAAGGAGAACGAGGUGAACUGCGUGCCGUACAAGACGUUCGCGGUGGUCUCGCAGCUGGACCUCAUCCGCGGGUACAGCCUGGAGGGCAGCGCCGAGGCCAUGGUGCCCGUCGCCGGCCCCGGCCACCACGUGCUGCACGUUGACGUGCACUUCGCCGACAACUACAUCUACUGGGUCGAGUUCAACCGCGGCACCUGGAACGGCAUCUUCCGCAUCCGGCCCAACGGCACGCAGCUCGAGCACGUUGUCCGGGACGGCAUCGGCAGCAACGGCGUCCGCGGCCUCGCCGUCGACUGGGUGGCUGGUAACUUGUACUUCACCAAUGUUUUCCCGCACGAGAACUACAUCGAGAUGUCCUGGCUCGACGGCUCCAACAGGAAGGUCCUCGUCAAGACCACGAUGGACGCCCCGAAGGAGCUAGCGGUCAACCCGCUCAAGCGCCUCCUGUACUGGAUCGACUACGGCCAGUACCCGCGCAUCGGCAAGUCCUACCUGGAUGGCACCGGCUGGCAGACGCUGGUCAGCUCCGGCAUCUCGAACCCCCGGGACCUGACGAUCGAUAUGCUCACCCACGACGUCUACUGGGUGGACUCCAAGCUCGACCAGAUUCAGAAGAUAUCGUACAAUGGCGGCAACCGGCAGCUAAUCCGCUCGAACCUCCCGAACCCUAUGGGCAUAGCCGUCCACACCGGCAGCGUGUACUGGGUCGACCGAAACUUGCAGACUAUUUACAAGGCCUCCAAGUUACCGGGCAACAUGUCUAUGCCAGAGAAGCUCCGAACGAACCUUCCCAAGCUGCGAGACAUCGUCAUAUUCGACAUAAACAACCAGCCCACCGACGAGAACAAUCCCUGUCGAAAAUUAGGCAACGGCGGCUGCGACCAGCUCUGCUUUAGCUACCCACCUGAGGCCAACAAGGGGUACACCCACAGGUGCGACUGCGCCACGGGACAGAUCUCGACGAGUAACCCUAAAAAAUGUGACCUCGUUGACGAGUACCUAGUUUUCACGACGAGGACGGAAAUACGUGCCGUCAACCUUGACCCCAAGUCGACUGGCGUGCCUUUCAAGCCUAUCGGCAAUCUCACAAAUGUCGUCGGAGUCGAAUUCGAUUACGCGGACAAUAAACUUUUCUUCACCCAGAUUAGACCGUGGGCUAGAAUCGCCUGGAUGUCCUCCAAGAAUCCCGAUUCUGCUGGUAUUCAAAACAUAAUCAACAAGAAUAUAAAUCCCGAGGGAAUAUCGUACGACUGGACCCAGAAGAAAAUAUAUUGGACCGACAGCUCCAACAACUCAAUAUACGCGAUGAAUUUGGACGGAACCGAGCUCGUAAUGAUAGCGCGAGUCGAGCGGCCGCGGGCCAUCGUCGUCGACCCCUGCAACGGCACGUUGUACUACACCGACUGGGGAAGAUUCGGAACUUCUGGAAAGAUCUACCGAACGACUAUGGCCGGAUCGUUGAAAAAAGCUAUCAUCGAUAAGGAUCUAUCCCAGCCGAGCGGCUUGACUAUCGACUUCGACGAGAACAUGCUGUACUGGACUGACGCCGUGAGGGAGAAGAUCGAGAGAUCAUUCCUAGACGGAACGAACAGGGAGGUUCUAAUAUCUGCAACGAUAUAUCCGUUCGCCAUUACCGUGUUUAGAAACUACAUUUACUGGACCGACCUACAGUUGCGCGGAGUGUACAGGGCGGAGAAGCACACCGGAGCGAACAUGGUCGAGAUGGUCAAACGAUUGGAGGACUCGCCGCGAGACAUUCACAUUUACAGCACGAGCAGGCAGAAAUGUCAGAAGAACCCUUGCAAAAUAAGCAACGGCGGUUGUGCCCAGAGCUGUCACCCGGCCCCCAACAACACCGUCGAGUGCAAGUGUGACGACAACACCAAACUAGUCAACGAGGGUCGCAUGUGCGUCUCCAAGAACAUAACUUGUGAUUCCAGCAAGUUCUUCUGCGCAAACGGAAAAUGCAUCAGCAGAAUGUGGUCCUGCGACGGCGACGACGACUGCGGCGACAAUUCAGACGAGGAGAAGAACUACUGCGCCUACCACUCCUGCUCGCCCAACGAGUUCCGAUGCAACAACGGAAGGUGCAUAUUCAAAUCAUGGAAGUGCGACCACGAGAACGACUGCAAGGACGGCUCGGACGAAGAAGGCUGCGUGUACCCGCCGUGCGCCGAGGGCGAGUUCACGUGCCUCAACUCGCGCUGCAUCCCGAUGACCCAGGUGUGCAACGGGAUCAACGACUGCAAGGACAACAUCACGUCCGACGAGACGCACGAAAGAUGCCCCCGAAACACCACCUGCCCACCGAACCACCUCAAGUGCGAGAAGACAAACAUUUGCGUCGAGCCCUACUGGCUGUGUGACGGAGACAACGACUGCGGCGACAACUCGGACGAGGAUCCCCUGCACUGUAUGCUACGGACGUGCCCCCAGAACAGCUUCCGCUGUCCCAACCAUAGGUGCAUUCCGGCCACCUGGUACUGCGACGGCGACGACGACUGCGGCGACGGCGCCGACGAGCCGCCGGAGUACUGCAAGUCCGAGGGUCGAACGUGCUUCGGGGAUCUGUUCACCUGCGACAACGGCAACUGCAUCCCGAGAAUUUACAUCUGCGACGGUGACAACGACUGUCUCGACAACAGCGACGAGGACGACCGACACCAGUGCAACGAGAGAAAAUGUGACGCCGAGACCGAGUAUACAUGCGAGGAAAACAAAUUCUGGAGUCGAGCUCAGUGUAUUCCUAAGAAGUGGAUUUGUGACGGCGAUCCCGACUGUAUCGACGGCGCCGAUGAGAACUCGACCAUCCACCACUGUUCGACGCCCAUGCCGUGCUCGGAGGACCAAUUCCAGUGCAAGAACGGUCGCUGCAUUAACGAGGGCUGGGUGUGCGAUCACGACAACGACUGUGGGGACGGCUCGGACGAGGGCAAGCAGUGUAACACGCAGUAUAAGCAGUGUACGGAUCAGGAAUUCAGGUGUCAAAACUUUAAAUGCAUAAGAAACCACUUUAGAUGCGACGGGGAGGACGACUGCGGCGAUCACUCGGACGAGGUGGACUGCAAUAAAGAAAAUAAAACUUGUCCGGCCGGUCAGUUCAAGUGCAACAACGACGAGUGUAUCGACAACCGGCUGGUUUGCAACAAGGUGCCGGACUGCACUGAUGAGUCCGACGAGCCGGCGCACUGCAACAUCGACGAGUGUGCCAAGCUCGAGAUACACCAGUGCGGACACAAAUGCGUGGACACCCUGACCGGCUACUACUGCGACUGCAACCACGGUUACAAGCUGCUAUCCGACGGCAAAGCAUGCGCCGACAUCGAUGAAUGCAUAGAAUCACCUGGAGUAUGCUCCCAAUACUGCUCUAAUACCCCCGGCUCCUACUACUGCAAGUGUAACGAGCAAUACUACGAGAGGGAGGCCGACGAGCAUACGUGCAAGAGGAAAGACAACACGACAGCCUGGGUCAUCUUCACGAACAAGUACUACGUGAGAAACAUGUCCACGGACGCUUCGGUCUACAAUCUCGUCCACCAGGACCUAAUGAAUGUUGUGGCGAUCGACUUCGACAUAAAGGAAACCAAAAUGUACUUCGCCGAUGUUUCCGCUAAAACUAUCUAUAGAUCGGACUACUCGAACCCGCAUCCAACUAAGGAAGUCGUCAUACGACAUGAUUCCCACGGCUUGGAAGGUAUCGCGAUAGAUUGGAUCGGCCGAAAGAUUUACUGGCUGGAUCGACACUCGAAGAACCUGGAUGUCGCCGAGCUCGACGGUACCAGAAGGAAAACACUAAAAACCGGAAUAGCCGAUCCUCGAGCUAUCAUAGUUCACCCGGGCACCGGAUACUUGUACUUCACGUCGUGGCAUCUGCAAGCAUACAUUGGAAAACUGGGUAUGGACGGCUCGAACUUCACCACGAUACUGAACUGGGAGGACGACAUCGCCUGGCCCAACGCACUGACCAUCGACUACUUCACGGACAGGAUAUACUGGGCCGAUGCUCACUUGGAUUAUAUCGGAUCAGCUGACUUGGAGGGCAGACAUAGGCACGUCGUUCUAUCCGGAAACAAGGUUCCCCACGUCUUUGCUCUGAGUCUCUUCGACGAUGAAAUUUAUUGGACGGAUUGGAACCUCAAGGCCAUCAGCAAAGCUAACAAACAUUCAGGAGAGAACUUAACUACAAUUAGGAAUACCACUCAUAGGCCAUACGACAUUCACGUUGUUCAUCCGCUUCGACAACUUCCGUAUAACAACCCCUGUGGAACUAACAACGGUGGCUGCUCGCAUCUCUGUCUGAUCGCACCUCCGCACGAGUCCAGCUAUUUGAAUAUAGAAGGGUACGGCGAGGAGGGAGCCACAACCUACAAGUGCGCCUGUCCUAACCAAUUCUACCUCGCUCGUGACAUGAAAACGUGCAUCGCCAACUGCACAGACGGCCAACACAGAUGCAACGGACGCGACGAAAAGUGCAUACCGUGGUUCUGGAAAUGCGACGGAGAGAAGGACUGCCAGGACGGCUCCGACGAGCCCGACACCUGCCCCGUCCGGCACUGCCGGGCCGGCUCCUUCCAGUGCAAAAACACCAACUGCACGCCCGCGGCCACUAUCUGCGACGGCACCGACGACUGCGGCGACGGCAGCGACGAGGCGCAAUGCUCCCACGAGUGCCCACUCCUCGAGUUCAAAUGCAAAUCGAGCGGCCGGUGCAUCCUCGAUAGCUGGAAGUGCGACGGCGACACCGACUGCAAGGACAACAGCGACGAGGACCCGGUCAUGUGCCACAACAGACCGUGCAACCCCGAUACCGAGUUCUCUUGCAAGAACGGCCGCUGCAUCCCCAAACUGUGGAUGUGCGACUUCGACAACGACUGCGGGGACGACUCCGACGAGCCGGCAUACAUGUGCCGCCAGAAGAACUGCACCACCGGCUGGAGGAGGUGCCCGGGCCAGUCCAACUACAGAUGCAUACCGAAGUGGCUGUUCUGCGACGGCAAGGACGACUGCCGGGACGGCUCCGACGAGCUGCCGGAAAACUGCCCGUCCUGCAACACGGAGACCGACUUCACCUGCGAGAACAAGCGCUGCAUCCCCAAGCAGUGGCUGUGCGACUUCACGGACGACUGCGGCGACGGCAGCGACGAGGCGGAGGGAGUCUGCCAGCACAAGUACCGUGAGUGCUCCGAGUCGGAGUUCAAGUGCGGCAACGGCAAGUGCAUAUCGUCUCGGUGGCGCUGCGACCACGAGGACGACUGCGGCGACAACACCGACGAGAUGGAGUGCGGCGGCUUCAAGUGCAAGAACGGCACGUUCCAGUGCAAGUCGGGCCACUGCAUCGCCGCCUACUUCCGCUGCGACGGCGACCGCGACUGCCGCGACCUGUCCGACGAGAUUGGCUGCCCCCCGAGGUUCCCCGGCGGGAGAUACUGCCCGGAGAGCAGGUUCCAGUGCAGCAACAACCUAUGCGUGUCGCAGUCGGAUCUGUGCGACGGCACGGACGACUGCGGCGACGGGUCAGACGAGGCGCCGGCGCUGUGCACCAACUUUAACUGCGACACGCUGCGCCGCUUCCACUGCGACAACCACAGAUGUGUGCCGAGGUACCAAGUGUGCGAUGGCAUAGACAACUGCGGCGAUGGGUCCGACGAGAACAACAUGACGCUAUGCGCGGCGCGCGCGCGGCCGUGCGACCCACUAACGCAGUACCAGUGCGCCAACCGCCGCUGCGUGGCGCGCGCGCGAGUGUGCGACCUGGCCGACGACUGCGGCGACGCGUCCGACGAGCGCGGCUGCCAUCACGCGCACUCCUGCUCGCCCGUUGACAAAGGUGGUUGCGAGCACCUCUGCACGAACCUGACAAUAUCCGGCGGCGUAGCUGGCGGCUACAUCUGCACGUGCUUCCCUGGCUACAUCAUCUCCAGCGCGGAUAGCAAGCGCUGCGCCGACGUCGAUGAGUGCGCCGGCGAACACACCUGCUCGCAGAUCUGUCACAACCUUAACGGUUCUUACAGCUGCUCGUGUAGGGAAGGAUUCAAGCUAGCGGACAGCCUGUCGGGCGUGUGCAAGGUGGUAGAGGGUGAGGUGGUGCUGAUGUUCGCGAACGGGCCGGAAAUCCGCGCGCUCGUGCAGGACCGCAACGAGGAGUACGAUGUCGUCUCCGCCGAGAAGCGCAUCGAGGCCAUCGACUACGACCCCAAGCGGGAGAUGGUGUUCUGGGCUGACAGCUACGACAAGACUAUCAAGCGCUCCUACAUGGUCGGCGCGCUCGGCGGCGAGGCGCAGGCCGGCUUCGCGCAGGACCUCAACAUGAAGGGCAACGCCAAGCCCACCGCGUUAGCAGUAGACUACAUCGGCGAGAAUCUGUACUGGACCGAGGCCGAUCGCACCGGUUCCAAGCCGCGCGGCCGCGUCAUGGUCGCGCGCACCGACGGCCGCUACCGGCGCGCGCUCGUCGCCGCCGGCAUCGAGGCGCCCACGUCGCUGGCUCUCGACCCGCCCGCCGGCAAGAUGUACUGGACGGACGCCGGCGCCGCGCCCAAGGUCGAGACCGCGUGGAUGGACGGAAGCAAGCGCCGGCCGAUCGUGACGGAGAACGUGCGCCACCCGACCGGGCUGGCGGUGGACGCGGCGCAGGGCGUGGUGUACUGGGCGGACGCCAAGCUGAAUACCAUCGAGUGCAUGCGCGGAGACGGCUCGGCGCGGCGCGUGGUGCUGCGCGGCGCGACGCUGCACCACCCGCUGGCGCUGGACGUGUUCGAGGCGACGCUGUACUGGGUGACGCGCGACUCCGGCGAACUGCUGCGCCAAGACAAGUUCGGCCGGGGCGUUCCCACGCUCAUCUCGCGCGACCUCGUCAACCCUACUGCUGUCAAAGUGUACCACCCGCUGCGCUACAACGCGACGGCUGCGUCGCGCGGCGCGUGCGCGCGGUCACCGUGCUCGCAUCUGUGCCUGGCGGUGCCGGCGGGGCGGCGCUGCGCGUGCCCGGACGCGCCGGCCCCGCCCAAGCGCGCGACGGACGUGGCGUGCGACGCGCCCGUCGAGCCGUCGCGACCCGAUCCACGCGCGUGCCCCUGCCGCAAUGGCGGUACUUGCGCUGUCGCACCCGACGGUUCCCUGGAGUGCGUAUGCCGGGAGGGUCAGGCGGGGCCGCUGUGCGCGUCGGCGGCGGCGCGCGGUUCGGAGCGCGGCAGCAGCGCAGCGGUGCUGGUGCCGACGCUGCUAGUGCUGGUGCUGGCUGUGGCUGCGGCCGCUGCCUGGUUCGUCAUACGGAAGAGGCCCUUCGGCAAAGGCGGCGCUCUAAGUAGCCUCGCGUCAUCGCAGAGCGUGUCGUUCCGCGCCGGCUCGAACGUGGAGUUCGGUCCGGCGGGGGCGGCGCCGGCGGCGGGGACUGCGGGGGGCGCGGCGGACGCGUACGCGCUGUCCGAGGGCCGCAAGGGGCGGGACUUCAGCAAUCCCAUGUAUGAGGCGGUCACGCGCGGCGCUGCGGACGUUGAGCCGUUACCGGGCAUCUACGAGGUGCCAGAGGAGUUGAAACAGAAGGUGGUGUCAGCAGUAAUCUCGCCGUCAUCUAGUGAGACGCGUACGGCGCGGCGGCCGCGAGCGCUCGACCCCGCCACGGAGACCACGGCCGAUACCGCGCAGCUCGUGCGAGAGGACCCCGCCUGCUAGCACUGGGUUGGAUGGCGCUACUAGCACUGGAUCCGGCUUGCUAGCGGCCGCACUAGCGCCUGCAAACGCCAGGGCUACUAGCACCCCGCGCUCGCUCGAGUGCGCCUUCCCAAGACUGCAGGCGGAGCGUUUUCCGUUCCAAAACUAUGGAUAUAAGAUCUGAAUAAAAUCUUUAAAAGCGUAAACAUUAAUCUUUAUAAUUGUUUUUCGUUAGCAGUUAGCCGACGCUAGGUUAUUUUAGCAGUGCAAUCAGAUUUUUGUUUACAUUUUUAUUAUAACAAUGACCAAUAAUUCUAGUGCUCCCGGAUAGUCUUAAUAUCACAUAAAAUAUCACAAUACUUAGUCUGAGUGCAUAAACUUAAAGGUAAUUUUAUACGACAACAGAUUUUAAGCACUCAAUAAACAUGAGAUGUAUAUGUAUAGUGUGGUGCUACAGGCCCAUACCUAGGUGUAAUGUUCAUCGAGCGUGUACUCAUAAUAGAAGUAUAUUAUGUUUAAAUUAUUGUCCGAAAUACAUCAGUUAUUACCACUGAUAAAUCAUAUAACAAAUCGUGCUCAUGCAAUAAAAAAUUGUAUUAAGUAUAUCAAUCAUCAAUGGCUGCGCGGCCGCAAUAAUAUGGGUCAAUCAGAGCGCAGUCAAGUUGCAGCGGAUUGGCUUA